AUGGCGGACAAGGAAGCCACUGUCUACAUUGUCGAUGUCGGCGCUUCUAUGAGCGAGAAAAACCACGGCCGCGAAGAGACAGACCUCGCAUGGGCCAUGAACUAUGUUUGGGACAAAAUCACCACUACAGUGGCAACAGGCCGAAAGACGACCUAUGUCGGCGUACUGGGCCUACGGACUGAUGAAACAAACAAUGAACUGCAAGAAGAUGAGAACUACCAGCACAUUUCGGUCAUCCAGCCUCUCAGUCAGAUAUUGAUGCCUGACCUCCGGAAGCUGCGUGAUGAGAUCAGGCCUAGUAGUACGGAUGAAGGCGACGCUGUCUCCGCGCUGAUUGUCGCUAUCCAGAUGAUUGCGACGCACUGCCGCAAGUUAAAGUACAAGCGCAAGGUCAUACUGGUGACCAAUGGCCGCGGGCACAUGGACUUUGAAGACAUCAGCGGCAUAAUCAGCAAAAUAAAGGAGGAUGAUAUCGAGCUUGUAGUCCUGGGCGUCGACUUCGAUGAUGCAGAAUAUGGCUUCAAGGAGGAGGGAAAGGAUCCGGUCAAAGCAGAGAACGAGGUGGCACUCCAGUCUCUUGUCGAGGAGUGUGGUGGUGCCUACGGAACGAUGGAGCAAGCAAUUAACGAGCUGGGUAUACCUCGCAUCAAGAACACCCGGCCGGUGCCUUCCUUCAGAGGGGCUCUAACACUGGGAGACCCGGAGAACUACGACUCAGCCAUGUCUAUCGAUGUAGAACGGUAUCCGCGGACAAUGGUUGCCAAAGCACCCACAGCAAGCUCCUUCGUUGUCCGGACUGAUCUGGCUCCUCAAGAGUCAAGUACCCAAUCAUCUCAUACCCUGCCGAACGGCGACGUCGAGAUGGCUGACAAUCAAGACGGUCUCGCCGCUGUCAAGAAUGCGCGAACCUAUCAGGUCGUGGAUGAAGAAGCACCAGGCGGCAAGCGCGACGUUGAGUUGGAAGAUCUGGCGAAGGGGUACGAGUACGGACGAACAGCUGUGGCUAUCAGUGAGUCGGAACACAAUGUUACCAAGCUUGAAACGCACUCCGGCUUGGAUAUCGUAGGCUUUGUGCCCCGGGACAAGUACGACCGCUACAUGAACAUGUCUCGAUCGAACGUCGUAGUUGCACAGCGAACGAAUGAGAAGGCAAGUAUGGCAUUGUCGUCGUUCAUCCAUGCACUCUACGAGCUGGACAGCUAUGCCGUUGCGAGGCUUGUAGCGAAAGACGGCAAAGAUCCGACAUUACUUCUACUUGCACCAUCCAUCGAACCUGAUUACGAAUGCUUGCUAGAUGUUGAGCUGCCGUUCGCCGAAGACGUGCGGCAGUACAGAUUCCCUCCGCUAGAUAGGGUCAUCACCGUCUCUGGCAAGAAACUCAUCGAGCACCGUAAUCUGCCCACAGAUGAUCUCAUGAAGGCAAUGAGCGACUAUGUCGAUCAUAUGGACCUCUCAACAUUUGGCAAAGACGACGAAGGCAAUCCUACUGAGUACAUGCCCAUGGAAGAUACCUUCUCGCCAGUCCUCCACCGCAUCAACCAAGCCAUCCGCUGGCGAGCCGUUCACCCCACAGAGCCGAUCCCACCACCCUACGAGAUACUGACUAGAUACUCCAACCCACCAGAGGAACUCCUACAACAAGCACAACCCUACCUGAACGCAGUCCUUAAAGCCGCAGACGUCAAGAAGGUCCCACCUAAGCAGAAGGGCCGGAAACGCCACCGCGAAGCCGAGAAGCCGCUCUCUGGCCUCAACGUCGAGGAGCUGCUAGGCCGGGAGAAGAGACAGAAGAUUUCGGCUGAGAACGCCAUUCCGGAGUUCAAGCAGAUGCUGGCUACGACUGAGGAUAUCGGGACCAUCAAAGAUGCGGCGAAGCAGAUGGGUAGUAUUAUCCAGUCGUACAUCCGACACAGUGUGGGUGAUAGUGGGUACAAGAGGGCGGUUGAGGCGAUCAGGGUCGUCAGGGAGGAGAUGACGGAGUUGGAGGAGCCUGGCGUGUUCAAUGAAUUAAUUAGGGAUCUGAAGACGAAGAUUCUCGGCGAGGAGUUGGGUGGUGAUAGAAAGGAAAUGUGGUGGCUUGUUCGGGCUAAUAGACUUGGACUAAUUGACAAGCGGAUAUCGCCACUGUCUGAAGUUGAAGAGGACGAGGCAAAAGCGUUCUUGACCGCGAAACUGAGCGGAUAG